AUGGCUGCCACCCAAGCUGUGCUCCCGUCUUUUAGCUCCUUCUCAAACAUCUCAGACAUGAAUAUGUGGAAUUCAGAGGACGGCUCACCACCUCUGGGCUCUGAGCAGCUGCAUCUUUCCCAACAAAUGAGUGAAGAGCUUCUUGACGACGACAGCCAGGUUUCCUGGGACAUCGAGCUACUGCUGUCUGAGUGGAGCAGCCCCUCGCCGGACCUGAGCCCUACUCUGGACCGUAGCGAUGAGAGGAACCAACAACAGCCGAACCAAGACAGACUGUACCAUGAGGCAGGCUUGAUAAAGGACCAAAUGGGUCAGGAGCAGAUGGACAACAUUAUAAUGGCAGAAUAUAUGUUGCCGACUACGCCAUUCCAGCCUCAGGUGUACCACCAAGGGUACAAUACCAACACAGCAGGUCGAACGUUAGCUGCCAAUCAUGUCGAGCAAUUUGGUUUGUCUCAGGAAAGACACAGCACAGGGAACCUCAAUGAGGUCCCGUCUUGGGAAUUUAGUCCAUAUUACCCCCCUCAGCAUCCUUCUUUGGUGGCUUUCCCUGAAGGGAGGUUCAUCCCACUCCAAGCUGCGACCGCUGACCCGCGACACUACAACUAUCCCUCUCACUUUACUCACAGUGCGAGCCUUUUUUGUGACUACACUCACAGCCAAGCCACUGGUCGUUUAGCACUACAGCAACAGAUGACCGGACCACAUCUGCCCCCCGACGGGGCGGAGGGGAAGCGCGGGCGUAGGUCGACGGGGAAAAAGAAGCCUGCUACCCACAGCUGUGAAUACCCGGGCUGCAGCAAGACCUAUACAAAGAGCUCGCACCUCAAGGCUCACCUUCGCACACACACAGGGGAAAAGCCUUACCAGUGUUCAUGGGAAGGCUGCAACUGGAAGUUUGCCCGCUCAGAUGAGCUAACGCGUCACUACCGCAAGCACACAGGCCAAAAACCAUAUGAAUGUGUGCUCUGUAAGAGGGCCUUCUCCCGUUCUGACCACCUGGCUCUGCACAUGAAGAGAGAGUCCACGCUGGUGGAUGGACAUGCUCCACGGCUGAAGGAGAGACAGAACCACGCGGCUGCCGCACAAAGUGGAGCAAAGUGUCCGGUAGCGCACAACACGGGGCAGUUCCAGCAAGGAGACGGAUACCGGCACCCGAACGUACAGAGAGCGCAACGAGGGAACAAGUUUGAUCUUUUUUCCACGCUGAGGUUUUGUCUAAAGAAAGGAGGAAACGGGAACGAGACUGCUUUUGUGUCGGGGAAGCCUGAAGGUUGUGUUCCCCUCCUCCACCGUUCAAAGGAUGUGCAAGCUGACCCCAGCUUUGACAGAAAUGUUGAUUAUAUGCUGACUACAGAGGCUAUUGCUGCCAGUCUAACUCUUUCUCUCCUUCUCUCCCUCUCUCACUGCAUAACAGCGGCUGAAGCUGGAUCCUCAGGGAGCCCCAAAGUAGACAGCGUGACCUACAUCUUCUGUACGACACUGUGA